UUAUUUUCCUACGCAUUCCGUCGCUUAAAUUUUGUAGUUUUUAGUUUAAAUUAAAUAUUUACAUUCCUUUUUAAAAACAUAUAUUUAAGUCUAACGCAAAAACCGAAUGUUCAAUUAAAAAUGAGACUUUAUAAAAUCGUUUGCUUUUUUGGCGCUUUAAGCAUAGUAUCGGCGCAGUACUACCAGUUGGAACAAAACAAAUGUAUUAUACCGAAGAUUCUUCAAGGAAGUUGGUUCUCCUGGGAGACUGGUUACCCCACCCAAACGGUCAUCGAUGCGACUUCCAUGUCGCGCCGUGGUGUUUGUAUAACUAUGUCUGGACACGGUGAUGAGUUCUCAUUCGUAUUUAAAGAACGUUCAGCAAAUUGUUAUCAUUGCGUUCGAACAGUUAUAAGAACACUGAAUGUGUUUGAGAAAGUAGAAGGACCAUGCGUUUCUAUACCGACAGGGGCAGAGCCAAGUGUAGAAAAUGUAUGUAAAGGAAUUAGGGAAGAUCAACAGUUGGUAACAUUAUUCAAUGAAAAUUUUGUGCCGAUAAAUUGCCGUUCAUCGCUGGAAGGGGUGUGGCAUUUCACUUAUCAGAAUCGCUUCCGGUUUACUGGCGUCUGUAACAAGCCUGAUGCCCGUAUUCAAUCAUGUCAGACAGCAGGUACACAGUUCUUGAUACAAAAUCAGAAAUUCAACGUGACGUACCAACAGUGUGAGGGUAUGGAAGGUACCUUUACUGGUACAGUAGAAUACAGUUGCUUAGGUGAUUGGUUUGUUGGGAAAAAUCAUUACUUUGCUGUAGCUAAUACGAAAGAAUCGCGCAAAGAUGAAAAGUAUCGAUGUUUUCUUAAGAAUCGAGAUGAUGAUUUGUACAUUGGCGUUUCUAUCACUGCUGAAUGUAAUACAUUGAAAACGCCAGAAAACUCUCCAGAACGUUUAAAACUGACCCCCGUGAAAGCGGAAUAUGUUGAACCGGGCUGCACGCUACCCCAAAACUUUUCGGGCGAAUGGGUUAAUACAGCAAAUAUUGAUGCCGAUGUGUCCAUUAGUGAAACUCACAUUAAUGAGACUUACUAUCCUGAUAGAGCGCGUUAUCGGCGUACAAUCUAUGUGUGUCGUGAACGGCGUGAUAAUCGAAUUAUGAUGGCUCGCCUUACGGUUGAUGGUUGCCAAAAGGAUUACGUAUGUUUCGAUUUUCAACCACGUCAUCACAAUAUCAUACGUUAUCGCAAGGGUUUAGCUGUUAUUAAAGAUGAUUUCAGUACAGUUUGUUCGUGGGUGCAGUUUAAGAAUGCUGAGUCGUGGAAGUAUGAUUUGUUCUUAGCAAAGAAUCCGGUACCAGUACGCUGCCCAGUGGCAGGAAAGUUCAACUUUACACAACGUGGAGAGCAUCCUUUUAGAACGAGAAUUCUUGGAGGUGUUACGCUAAGUCCUCGACCGAACAUUCAUUGCAAGCAAAAUAUAUCGGAUUUGUCGGUAUGUGAUACGGAUCAAAAAGAAUUGGCCAUUGAUGAAAAUUACUGCCUGUCAGUGGACCAUUUGGGAAGGCCUGUGGAUAUAUACAGUGAUCCAGAUUAUCGGAUGAAGUGUAUUGGCUUUUGGAAAGAGAAUCUCAAAUCUUAUCUUAUCACGUAUGAUGACUUGGAUCCACUCUCAAAAUAUCGCUGCUGGGUAUAUCAACGCGCUGACUUGAAUCGUGUGCUCAUGUCUCAGGCGGUAGGAGCUUUUUGUAAAUUGAACCAAGAUGUAACCUCAUGGAAUCACACCGAAGGUGCUGCAGUUGCCAUUGACGCCAUGGAGUACGAACGAGAGCGUGAUGAUUGUCCUAUGUACUUCGAUGACGGCGCCUAUCCAUGGAAAGACUCGGAUGCAUCUAAUAUCAUAUUCGACUGGGAUUUUUAUAAGGCCGCAGCUAGUCCUUUAAUGGCAUAUGGAAGUGUAGCUUCUAUAUGCAUUAUUGCGAGUAUUCUCUUUUAGGUCACAAAUCGUGUUCAAAUUUAACAUUAACAAUUCUUUAGCUUAAGGAAAGUUUAUACAUUUAUCGAUUCAACGAAAUUAGUAUAUUCAGGAAUCUAAAAAUAGUACGAAAGUUAACCAACUCGAAUGUGUCUUAUUAGCCCGUAAGUAAAAGAAAUAUUGACAUAUAUAAUACAUACAUACAUAUCAGCUGUGUACAUUCCGUCCAUUGUAGAAUUUCAUUGAAAAGUGCAAACCGUAUUAGUUUUAAGUGGAAAACUGUUUAUAAAUACCUGUAUUAUUUAAAUAAUUCAUUUUACAAACCCCCAUUUUUAAAUGCUAAAUCUUAAAUAAAGUUUUGAAACGCUACUA